CUUGUAAAAUUUAAUUAGAUAAAAAUUUAAGUUUCUUGUUACGAAUUAUUGCUUUGAUUUGAUAUAAUUUCGAUUCGACGUUUUUGUUAAAAACACUGGAACCAAAAUACACACAUUUUGUACCGCCUCAAGUUUAAUCACAAACCUAGACACUUAUGAUAAGUUUCGCCGGAAUAGAUUACAAUGUUGAAUAAAAAUAGAAGUGUUUUCUCUAGACUCAAAGUAAAAAAUCAGUGCCUCUAUAAAUACUUUUCAUCGAGUAGCAGUACAGGAGAAAUAGAUGUACCAUUCACAAAUGGUUCAACAUUAAAACUCUCGACCGGACGGUACGCAAGAUUUGCUGAUGGAGCCUGUGUCGCGACACUUGGGAAUACCAGUAUUCUUUCUACUGUUGUGUCUAAAACAAAAUCAGCAUCAAGCUCAUUCCUCCCCUUAGUAGUCGACUACAGACAGAAAGCUGCAGCCGCUGGUAGAAUACCGACAAAUUAUUUACGAAAAGAACUAGGGCCAACUGAACGAGAAAUAUUAACAUCACGCCUCAUAGAUCGAUCAUUACGACCCCUAUUCCCUCAUGGAUAUAAUUUUGAUACUCAAAUAGUUUGUAACAUGUUAGCAGUAGAUAGCACAAACCCCCCAGAGACUAUUGCAAUCAAUGCAGCAAGUGCAGCCCUGGCUGUGUCUGAUGUACCAUGGAAUGGACCAGUGGGUGCUGUCAGAAUUGGUCACAUUGACAAUGAAAUUGUUAUGAAUCCAACAAGAAAGGAUCUUGAGAAGUCAACACUAAACCUUAUAGUAGCGGCUACUACAGGCAACCUUGUGGUGAUGCUGGAGGGGUUUGCCAACGACAUACUCCAGCAGGAUCUACUGAAAGCCAUCAAAUUAGGAACCAAAGAAGCACAACACAUAGUAAGAUCUAUUGAAAAACUGCAGAAAUCUCAUGGGAAGAGUAAAAGAGAAUAUGAAACUUUGCUACCGUUGGACCAAAAUAUUGUAGAUUCCAUUAAAACAUUAUCCACUAUGAAAAUAAGAGAAAUAUUGAGUGACUUCAGUCACGACAAGACAAGUCGCGACGUGGCCAUUUCAGACCUCCGGCAGACUGUUCUCAAUCAGAUGAGAGACACGGAAGCUGACAUUAAUCUGCUGCAGGACUGCUUCAACAGCCACCUCCGACAGAUCUUCAGAGAUAUGAUAUUUGAGACCGACACACGCUGUGACGGACGGAUGUUGGAUGAUUUGAGAAAUAUUAGUUGUGAGGUGUCGUUAUAUGAACCACUACAUGGCAGUGCCUUAUUCCAACGCGGCCAGACUCAGGUGCUCUGUACUGUGGCAUUUGAUUCGCUAGAAAGCGCUAUGAAAAUGGAUCCGCUGACUAUGAUAACAAGUGGUCUAAAAGAGAAAAGUUUCUUCCUGCACUACGAGUUUCCGUCGUACGCGACCGGCGAGACGGGGCGGGCGGGGUCGCGGCGGGAGGCGGGGCACGGCGCGCUGGCAGAGCGGGCUCUGCUGCCGCUGGUGCCGCCCCCGCGCUGCGCCACCCGCCUCACCGCCGAGGUGCUGGAGAGCAACGGUUCAAGUUCCAUGGCGUCAGUGUGCGGCGGCUCGCUGGCGCUGAUGGACGCGGGGGUAGAGCUGGCCGCGCCCGCCGCCGGCGUCGCCAUAGGGCUGGUGUCCCGGCCUGACGAACAAGGACACAUAGCGGACUACAGGAUACUCACUGAUUUGUUAGGUAUAGAAGACUACAUGGGCGACAUGGACUUCAAAGUAGCGGGCACUAAGAAGGGGAUCACGGCGCUUCAGGCGGACGUGAAGUUACCGGGCCUGCCGCUCAAGGUCGUCAUGGAGUCAGUGCAGAAAGCCUGCGACGGCAAGAGCAAGAUCAUCGAUAUCAUGAACAAGUGCUUAGAUAAACCCAGACAAGGACGCAAAGAGAACAUGCCAGUGCUGGAGGAGAUGGAGGUGGAGGUGCACAAGCGGGCCAAGCUGCUCGGGGUGGGGGGGAUCAAUCUCAAGAGACUGUAUGUGGAGACUGGAGUACAGAUAACGCCAAUAGACGAGACGCGGUACAGCGUGUUCGCGCCGUCGCAGGCCGCCAUGGACGAGGCACGCGCGCGCAUCGACGCCGCGCUCACCGCUGACCGCGCGCCGGAACUCGAGUUCGGAGCCAUAUACACCGCCAAGGUGGUGGAGGUGCGUGACAUCGGCGUGAUGGUGACGCUGUUCCCCAACAUGGCGCCCGCGCUCGUGCACAACUCGCAGCUCGACCACAGAAAGAUAAUGCACCCAUCAGUGCUUGGACUGGAGGUGGGGUCGGAGAUCCAGGUGAAGUACUUCGGUCGCGACCCGGUGUCGGGCCAGCUGCGGCUGUCCAAGAAGGUGCUCAGCUCGCCCCCGCCAGCCAUCGUCAGAAAACUCGACAAGAGCUAGAAGGAAACUGUCACUUUUUGGAUGUACGAUAUAUGGACGCUGUUAAGCAUUUGUGCACCAUCCUACAACAAAAUUACG